CAUCCAGCCCAGUCCUCUUUUUCUUCAGACUUUCCAUUCCUCACUUUGGCUGCAUUCCAGUGUCUCUCGCGUGUCUCCCAUUCGCGUCCAAGUCAUUUCGAGACUCUCUACGCAAUUGACCGGGAGUCUGAGGGACUCGUCAUAGUUACUCAUUAUGGGCGUAGAACCCCCAUUCCUUUACGAUCCGCCUUCGACAUACCCCUUCAAUGACGACCCGCUACGUCCAUUCAAUCCUAAAGCGGUAUCGCAAGCCAGCUUGAUUUCUGCCGCAAGUCGGUCACGGCCGCGCCCCAAGCAGGAAGGCCCGUUGGUCAGUUUCAACAGGCAUCCCGAUAGUUAUCUGGUGCUGCCUGUGGAUAACAAUGCCAAGCCCUUGAGCAAAGGAACUAAGCAUACCAUCCAAAAAGUGAGAUGGUUGCAAUUGUUCUUGCGCAUGUUACAACUGCUAGGCGCAGUUGGAGCUCUCUUCUGCGUGAUUGUCAUUAAGAACACCGGAGGAGCUGUCGGAUGGAUUAUUCGAGUUCCCCCUUGCGUUGCGAUUGUGCAUCUCGUGUAUGCGAUUUUCCAUCUUUCGCGACCAUCCAAGGCCCGCACUGCCCAAUCUUCUGCAUCAUAUCAUGUCUUUUCAUUAAUCACAGACAUUGGGUUGAUUCCCUUUUAUGUCAUCUUGCUGCUCAUGAGCAAAACGCAGUAUGACAAUACCGCAGACAAACCUGGAAAGUGGAGCACAUUCUUCAAUGACGCUACCAUCAACCACAAGAUCAUCUUCUCCACUUUCCUCCUUAGUAUUGCCAACUGCGGUUUGCAUUUCAUUUCGAUAUUCGUUGCGCUUUAUCUGGCAAUUGUCUUCCGAAGAAUAGCAAAACUGCCGCCAGACAUGAAUCCGCUCGAAGACAACCUGACCUCGAGACACAAGAAGAAGAGCUCAAACGCUUCAAGCAUGACUGAGAAACGCCUCAGCCAAAGCACAAUAAGCUCUAGCCCACGGCAUUCCAAGGCUAUUUCUCAAACAGAUGUUCCGCUCUUGCCGACAAAUCAGUCAAUCCCAUUCAUGCACACCCGCACAAACUCCAAUGAAACCUCCUCGCCAACUUCCCCGGGAACCGCGUCCGCGUCUCCCCACGGUUCCCGCGCCGAUCUGCCCAGCCAAAUAUACCGACAAAACGUCUCUGCCCGGUCAUCGAGGGCAGAUCUGCAUCGCUCGCGUGCAAGCAACAACACCAGUCCAGUCCGACGCCAGUCGCCAUCGCAGCGCACUUCCCGAUCUGACUUUAGUAGACCUACUCGGAGCAGCAGCCGACUCGCCGCAAAGCGCAACUCUGGCUACUCCUCGCCUCGCCGUCCGCCAUCGCCGGAAAAACAACCAGAGGACCCAUCGGACCUCCACGACAAUUGGUAUGUAGUCAACACCUCGGACGACGAGCAGGACCACACGCAGCCGCCCCACCACCACCAAGGUCGCGCCGGUCGAAAAGGCGAAUACGAAAGAAUCGAUACCCUUGCCUCCUCCCAGACUCAACCCGAACCCGACGAAAACACAAACCCGCACGGCCAAUUCUUCGCUGGCCUGACCGCUGCGUUCCAAGACGAGGAUCUCAAGCGCUUGGGCAACAGCCAGUACCACGCCCUCUCGCAGGAUCCCUUGGACCACGGAGACCUUGCAACCGCACAUGGUUAUCCUUUUGACGAGUCCCUCGUGCCUGAUCCCCUGUCCAUGAACUCGCCUACCCCUCCUCCACACCGUGUCCUGACUCCAGCUUCAGCCAACCGAGCUAGCGCAGCGGACAAGAAAGACAAGUACUAUCCGAAUCUCAAUGCAGGAACAAAGCCUUCCUCGCAAUUAGCCCAUGAGGGCAAUGCCAGAGUCGUGAGCAGCUCUGGCGCCGACGUACUGCCCGCUGCUGCUUCUUCCCGACUCGGCAGGAGAGAUGUCAGUGGGAAAGUUGCCGAAGAAGGCCGCGGCGGGGACUGGGCGGGACCUAGAAACCGAAAGUUCAGUUUUGAGGCUGCUCCCAUGUAAAAAACAAAUCCGAGACGAUACGUUUGGGAGGGCAAAUAUGGGAAGGUCCCCGUAUCUUAGAGUCAGUUAUGACUUCUAGCGAGAGCUUACAUCUGUGUUUCCGAAGAUUUUCCACCUUUUUUUCCUGUAUACCUUUUAUGUUCCCAAUGCUGGAUGAUUUCCAUGAGUUUCCGGUUCCCUGUUUGUGCAGCAUUGAUUUUAGACUUAAGAGGUCAUUUGAAUCUUGUCCUUUUCCAUUCAAGUUGAUAGAGUUACCAGCGUGCUAUGAUCGAUCACGAUUAUCCUGCCUUAUGUAUACAAUAGCGAGUCACUUACUAGAUAGUAUUAUAACCCUAAAGAGCGUAGAUAUGCAGCAAAAAGACGAACCAACAGCUGGCUUG